AUUGGUUAUCCUCUUACGUUUGUUAGCAGGGCUCAUGGUAGCAUAUAAGAAAGCGUUUGUCUUGUCCCGUCCCCCUAACGCUAGUGGCAGGAAAAACAAAACCGACGUUCAAGCAUAGUUUUGUUUUCCUUGACUCUGUUUGUGUUUCGUUUUCUCUCUCUCUUUUUCUCUCGCUCUCUGCGGCUUGCCAAAGGGCAGGCACUGUUAGUGCUCUUAUAUGUGUGAGUUCCAGCGGUUAUAUUGGCACUGAUAUCUCUUUCAUUAUUUGCACAUGAUGAACACUCUCCCACCGUAUUCAGGAGCCAGGAUAUCAGGCUGUUGGACUCUUAGGGCUGAUGGCAGUGGGGGUGGUGAAGGCUCUCUUGACAGGCUCCUCCCGUCCGUCAACACCAACACCGGCCCGUCACAACGGAAACGAACCACCAGCCAGUGCAAAUCUGAGCCACCACUGCUGCGGACCAGUAAGAGGACUAUCUACACAGCGGGACGUCCACCGUGGUAUAAUGAACACGGGACACAGUCCAAAGAAGCUUUUGUUAUUGGGCUUUGCGGAGGGAGCGCCUCCGGAAAAACGACAGCCGCUCGCAAGAUUAUCGAGGCUUUGGACGUUCCAUGGGUCGUUCUUUUGUCCAUGGAUUCUUUUUACAAGGUUCUGACACCCGAACAACAGCUGGUGGCUGCUAAUAAUGAUUACAAUUUUGACCAUCCAGACGCCUUUGAUUUCACCCUGCUGGUGGACACACUCCACAAACUCAAGCAGGGGAAAAGUGUAAAGAUCCCUGUGUAUGACUUUACCAUUCAUGGACGACAGAAAGAAUGGAAAACCGUCUAUGGUGCCAGUGUCAUUAUAUUUGAAGGAAUUAUGUCUUUUGCAGAUAAAGAGCUGCUGAAGCUGUUGGACAUGAAGAUCUUUGUGGACACAGAUUCUGACAUCCGUCUGGUACGGAGACUGAGGAGGGACAUCACAGAACGAGGACGGGAAAUUGAAGGGGUUAUCAAGCAGUACAACAAGUUUGUGAAGCCAGCCUUUGAACAAUACAUUGAGCCUACCAUGAGACUGGCAGACAUCGUGGUGCCUCGUGGUGGGGGCAACAUGGUGGCCAUUGAUCUUAUAGUGCAGCAUGUACACAGUCAGCUGGAGGAGAGAAAACUCCGCUGGGAUAUGGCGGCUUUAGCUUCUGCCCAUCAGGCUCAACCCCUCCCACAGACCCUCAGUGUUCUGGAGAGCACGCCGCAGGUCCGGGGCAUGCACACCAUUAUCAGGAAUAAAGAGACCAGUCGAGACGAGUUCAUCUUUUACUCCAAGAGGUUAAUGCGACUGCUUAUCGAGAGAGCACUUUCAUUCCUUCCAUCUCAGGUCCAUAUUGUUCAGACCCCGCAAGGAGAGGAUUACGAGGGCAGAAACUUCCACGGGAAAGGGAUUACAGGCGUGUCGAUUCUCAGGGCGGGGGAAACCAUGGAGCCCGCGCUUAGGGCCGUGUGCAAAGAUGUCCGCAUUGGCAAAAUCCUCAUCCAGACCAAUCAGGACACUGGAGAGCCUGAGCUGCAUUACUUGCGUCUCCCCAAAGACAUCAGUGAAGAUCACGUGAUUCUGAUGGACUGCACCGUGUCCACCGGAGCUGCAGCCAUGAUGGCCAUAAGAGUUUUACUUGAUCAUGAUGUUCAGGAGGAGAAGAUCCUGCUGGUGUCUCUGCUCAUGGCGGAGAUGGGUGUUCAUUCAGUGGCCUACGCCUUCCCUCAGGUCAAAAUAAUCACCACUGCAGUCGACAAGCAGGUCAACCACCUCUUUCACAUCAUACCCGGCAUAGGAAAUUUUGGUGAUCGUUAUUUCGGCACGGAUGCACCGCCAGAUUGGAGUGACGAUGACUUGGAUGAGCCCAGCUACUGAGAUCUCCUGCGCUCCUGUAUAACCUCCUUUGCAAAAACCACAAUAUCAGACCAAAUCUGACCUGCUAGGAGCAUGUAAAGGAGACGUGUCUGAUAUUUGUAUAUUUAUAAUCUUUUAAAAUAUUUUUAUACUUUUUAGUUCUCCUAAGAGGGUUUUUAUGUUUUGUUUUUAAUAAAGAGGUUUAUUUAAUUUUAUUUAACGUUCCCAUAGUAUGCCGUAAAGCACACAAUCUGUUGUCUGCGCUUUUGAAAUGUGUAUUAUUUUGGUGUAUCAAAACAUCUCUGGUUGUCAUACAGUAUGUCUUAUUUUACUCUGUUGUUUCUUGCAGCAGUCAGGCUUUGUCAAGAGAGAAAAAAUAAGUCUCAAAGCGUUGUUGCCUUUGCUACACACAAGCGUUGAGUUUCUUUGAAGGACCACUUCAUCGGAAAAAAUGUGUAGGCGUUGCUUACUUUUAAUCUUUUUUUUUUUCUCUCUUGCUUAACCUGCAGACGGCAGCUGACCAAACCACAGACUGUUAACAAUUACAUUUUCACAACAAAGACUAGUAAAUCAUAUACAACACCUUUUGGUAAAAGGUUAUCAAAUUAAGUUUUUUCCUAAAAUUCAAACAAAAUUUCAUGAUUUGUGAAGUUUUUGCAGUCUAUUUCAGAGAUAUAUAUAUAUAAAAUGCAGAAUGAAGGAUUUGAGCUUAAAUGGCUGCAUGGGCGCGAUUAAUCUAACCCAAUCACGAGUAGUUAUCACAGCCUUUGCUCUUCGUUGCUGAAGUGUUGACGAACGAUUAUAGGUAAAUUAAGUUGUGAUAAACCUCAUGUGGAAUGAGUGACCUACAUGUCUAGUUUUUUUUUUUAAACCCUCAAAGUGGAACGUUUUGCGUGUGUCCAUUGACUCUAUAGCUGCUUUUACCAUAUACGGCUUCUGCUUGAUGUUGGGAACAUACAGUACAAAACUAGCGAACAGGAAAUCUUAUCGUCUAGCUUGGAAUUUACGCCCAGGUAAAUGUUUUCGAUAUCUGUUUUUAUCAUUGUACCCCGCCGAGCACUUUAAGACAUUGCUGAACUGAAGGAAGUAUUUAUUAUAGCAUCAGUCUAAAUGUCUGUGUGCACGCGUAUCACUUUUAGUGUUUUCGUUAUACAACCGUACAAUUUAUGAUUGUAAUAAACCAAAAUUGUGCUGUUACCAUGGAUACAAGAUGCAAGGUCCUAUUUCAUAGUUGUUGCAAAAAUGAACAAAUUAAAUGUUGUUUUAAAGCAGUGGUUCUCAAACUGAGGGGCGGGCCCCCCUUGGGGGGCACCAGAUUGUGCCGGGGACCCAGUUUUAUGACAUUUUAUAAAAUGCAUUAAUUUGUCAUCAAUUCUAUGUAAUUAAACCUCAGGAAAAUAAGGCUACUAACCAACAACACUACAUUAUAUGUUUAGUUUAAUUCAAAUUGUAAGUUUGAGAUCGUUUCAUGGGUUGGGGGAUGCAGCCUACACAAGGGGAGGGGGCAGCAUGCCAAAAAGUUUGAGAAGCACUGUAUUAAAGCGAGUGCGCUGAAGUCUGAAAUGACAACGCUUAACAAAUGUAUUAUUUUCACAGCAGGAAUAAAAGUCUGUGAUGUAUGAGA